UAGAAGCGUUGGAGAGCAUACAUAGCCGCACCCCAACUAUCACCUUCACUCUUCCCACUUCAUCUCUCCCUCCAAUUUCCAGGGCGGUUUUAACCUCAUCAGUUUCAACAAUUUUGCGGAAUUUGUGUAUAUAUAAGAGAUAUAGUGAGAGAGAGAUAGAAAAUGCUUACUUGCAUUGCUCGUUCCAAGCAAUCUGCAGGCGAUGAAUCGUUUGAUCAACCAGAAAAGUUCGAUCCCAAUGCUGCUCCGCAGAGCAAGCAAGCGAUUAAGAAUCUCACUUCUCAGAUAAAGGACAUGGCGUUGAAGGCGUCAGGGGCGUAUAAGAACUGCAAUUCGUGUACGAGCCAGCCGAUGCAGCGGCGGAACGGGAGCGGCGGCGCGGCGGACUUGGUGGCGCAGGACAAGUUCCGGUGGUCGUACCGGCGGACGGGGAGUUUCAGCUCGAGUUCGACGGCUGGGAGGAAGGAAUUGGAGGCGAGGCUGAAGGGGAUAUCGAGCGGGGAAGUGACGCCGACUUCGAUGUCGGCGUCGGCGAGUGGCCGGCGAGUUGACCCGGUGGUGUUCGUGGAGGAGAGCGAGCCCAAGGAGUGGGUGGCGCAGGUGGAACCCGGCGUUUUGAUCACCUUCGUCUCACUGCCACGUGGCGGCAACGAUCUCAAGCGGAUUCGAUUCAGUCGUGAAAUGUUUAACAAGUAUCAAGCUCAGAGGUGGUGGGCAGAGAAUUAUGACAAAGUAAUGGAACUAUAUAAUGUGCAGAGGUUAAACCGCCAAGCUUUCCCUUUACCAACACCGCCCAGAUCCGAAGAUGCAGAGAGUUUGAAGAUAGAAUCAGCAGCAGAAGAGAGUCCAGUAACGCCACCACUAAACAAGGAGCGGUUGCCUCGUACCUUAUACCGGCCUAUAUAUUCAUCCUCGGAGUCUCUGGAGCAACAAUCCUGCGGCGUGGCCUCCUCCACCCCAAAGCUGUCGAGCAUCAGUGGUGCGAAGACGGAGAUGUCAUCAAUGGAUGCGUCCUCGUCGAUGAGGACGAGCACCUCCCGCGACGCCGAGCUGUCCAUCAGUAACGCCAGCGAUCUGGAGAGCGAAUGGGUUGAGCAGGACGAGGCUGGAGUGUACAUCACCAUCAGAGCUUUGCCCGAUGGAAAAAGAGAACUCAGACGUGUUAGAUUCAGCCGGGAAAAAUUUGGAGAGAUGCACGCCAGGGUAUGGUGGGAAGAGAACCGGGCGAGGAUACAUAAGCAGUAUUUGUGAAUCAACAAUGGUAUAUAUACAUAUACACCUGAAUUUGAAGUUGCUGAUAUAUAUAAAGAAUGAGGAAAUAUAUAUAUGGGGUGAGAUAGCACUUUGGUGUUAGUUGCGCCUUGUUUUUUUGCAACACCAUAAGAUGGAGGUCAAGUAAGUGUGAAUGAAUCCAGGGCGGCACUCUCUGCUGUACGUGGGGGAUUUGUCUUUUUUUUUUUUUUUUUUUUUUUCUCAAUAUUUAAUUUUGAGUACAAUGGAUGAAAGAGCAUUCCUAGUGCUUCAAAUCUACUACUAGGUGUAUAUGGGAGUUUACAAUUAUUUUAUGUUAAUACGGGGGAAUUUUUAUUUUAUUUUGUUCUUUUUCCUUUACUAUGUUCUGUUCUACAGACGUACUGCAACCCUUGAUACCUUAAAGCUUAAUGCAUAUUUAAUUUUUUCCUUUUC